UUUCUAGCAUGUGAUUGGUCGAGCUGCACGUCCAUCAAAACUGAUGACAUCGCAAGCUGUCGGAGUGAGGGGAACAGGUUGAGAAGAGAGGCUUGUAUAUUCAAAUACUGUUGGUUGCAGACUGUAACCAGACCUAACACGCAAACUGGAAGGGCUCAGCGCAGCGUGGGUGCCCAGGGAGCCACUGCCUGAGUGUGGGGAAAACAGCGGCCGAGACCCCAAAGACAUGAAUCACACCAAGGGUGGCCUGGUCAUCUUCACUGCCAACUCGCACCCCGCCAGCCGCGAGCUGGGAAAGAGGAUUUCAGAGCGGUUAGGGGUGGAGCUUGGCAAGGUGCAGGUGUACCAGGAAGCUAACAGAGAAACGCGGGUACAGAUCCAAGAGUCAGUGCGAGGCAAAGAUGUCUUUGUGAUCCAAACAAUGUCCAAGGAUGUAAACACCACCAUAAUGGAGAUGCUGAUCCUGGUGUACGCGUGCAGGACGUCCUGUGCCAGAAGCAUCACAGGCGUCCUCCCCUACUUCCCCUAUAGCAAGCAGUGCAAGAUGAGGAAGAGGGGCUCCAUCGUCUCCAAGCUUAUUGCCUCUAUGAUGUGUAAAGCUGGUCUCACCCACCUGAUCACCAUGGACCUCCAUCAGAAAGAGAUUCAAGGCUUCUUCAACAUUCCAGUGGACAACCUGAGAGCCUCCCCCUUCCUGUUGCAGUACAUACAGGAAGAGAUCCCUGACUAUAGAAAUGCUGUGAUUGUGGCCAAAUCCCCAGCCUCUGCCAAAAGGGCUCAGUCGUUUGCUGAGCGACUGCGUCUGGGUAUAGCAGUGAUCCACGGUGAAGCUCAGGAUGCAGAGUCAGACCAGGUAGACGGGCGGCACUCGCCACCCACCGUCAAGACCACUGGAGCCAUUCACCCCAGCAUGGAGAUACCAUUGUUGAUUCCUAAGGAGAAGCCUCCCAUCACUGUGGUAGGAGACGUAGGAGGACGCAUCGCCAUCAUAGUGGAUGACAUAAUCGAUGAUGUGGACAGUUUUGUGGCAGCAGCGGAGACGCUGAAGGAAAGAGGGGCCUACAAGAUCUUCGUCAUGGCAACACACGGCCUCCUGUCCUGCGACGCCCCUAGGUUCAUAGAAGAGUCAGCCAUUGAUGAGGUGGUGGUGACCAACACGAUUCCCCACGAGCUCCAGAAGCUCCAGUGUCCGAAGAUCAAAACGGUCGACAUCAGCAUGAUCCUGUCGGAGGCCAUCCGCCGCAUCCACAACGGAGAGUCCAUGUCCUACCUGUUCCGCAACAUAGGGGUGGACGACUGAAC